AGUCAGAGUAGAUCCCACGGAGAAUUGAGUGAACAACAACCGGGGUUCCUUCAAACGAACAAACAACAGCUCGGUGUUCCCGGUGUGUUUGUCCCGCUCACACUGCAUCAUGGCCUGGACUAAAUACCAGCUGUUCCUCGCUGGACUUAUGCUAACAACCGGCUCUCUCAACACAUUAUCGGCAAAAUGGGCGGACAUGUUCUCAGCGAAGGGAUGCCAUGAUGAACCCGUACAUGCUUUUUCUCACCCGUUUGUUCAGGCGGUGGGAAUGUUUAUGGGGGAGUUCAGCUGUCUCGCCGUCUUCUACAUUUUAAUCUGCACUGACAGACGUAGACCCGAGCCCCGGAUAAACCCCGGCCAGGACUUCCACCCUCUGCUCUUCUUCGCCCCCGCCAUGUGUGACAUGACGGCCACCUGCAUCAUGUAUGUUGCUCUCAACAUGACCAGCGCCUCCAGCUUCCAGAUGCUGCGGGGAGCCGUCAUCAUCUUCACCGGCCUGCUCUCCGUGACGUUCCUGGGCCGACGGCUGCAGAAGAGCCAGUGGCUCGGCAUCCUCACUACCAUUGUGGGCCUCAUCAUCGUCGGCCUCGCUGACUUCUUCAGCAAACACAAAGACGACACGCACAAACUUAGCGACGUCAUCACAGGAGACCUUCUGAUCAUCAUGGCGCAGGUCAUCGUUUCAGUGCAGAUGGUUCUGGAGGAAAAGUUUGUCUACAAACACGACGUCCAUCCUCUCAAAGCUGUUGGGACUGAGGGUUUCUUCGGGUUCGUCGUCCUGUCGCUGCUUCUCAUCCCGAUGUAUUUCAUCCACGUGGGAAACUUCAGCGACAACCCUCGGCAGGUCCUGGAGGACGCGCUGGACGCCUUCUGUCAGAUCGGCCACAAGCCUCUAAUCCUGCUGGCUCUGCUGGGCAACACCGUCAGCAUCGCCUUCUUCAACUUCGCCGGCAUCAGCGUCACCAAGGAGAUCAGCGCCACCACGCGCAUGGUGCUGGACAGCCUGCGCACGCUGGUCAUCUGGGUGGUGAGCCUGGCGCUGGGCUGGGAGCAGUUCCACGGCCUGCAGGUGUUGGGCUUCCUGGUGCUGCUGGUGGGCACAGCGCUCUACAACGGGCUGCACCGCCCCCUGCUGGCCAGGAUACCGUGCUGCGCCCAUCUGGUGGCCACCGAGGAGGAGGAGGAGGGGGGGGGACAGCCCAGGGGAGAGGGAGAGACUGCUGGGGGACGGCAGGGUGCAGACCCCGGACGAGAGCUAAAACAAGAGGACACUCUGUGGAGGACUCUGUCAGGGAUAGUCUGUUUUUAAAUAUGUUCCUUUCUCAGAUUUGACACAAUAUGGUAUAACAUCUGGGAGUGGGCAAGCUCUUUAAGAGGACACAAGGGUAGUUAGUAUCCAUUUUCUAAUCUCUGGGCAAAUAACUCGGAUGGUAGAGAGUGAUGUCCAGAGGAGCUUUUAUUUUACAAUGCGGAUUUUAAAGGGAUUUAUUCAGGUGAGAAAUUAAAAAUGAAUUUCUCAAACACAACUAAAGUCUCAACAUUAGCUCCUUACCCCUUAAAAUAAUUAUUGUUCUUAAAAAAAAGAAUUGAACUGACAACUUCUCUAUUUAGUGCUGAAUCACUUAAACAAAUACUGUCAGACAAGAUGAACAAAUGUCAACUUACUUGAACUUUUAUUCUGAUUUUCUUAAAUUGAUGGAGAAGCUUCUUGUCUAUGAUUUAAAAAAGAAGAUGCUUGGGGAGCUGGGUGCAGACGGGUCACAAGAGCUAAAUCUUGAGGACUCUUCGUCAAAGUCUUGGCACAUUUGACAGGGAUAGUGUUUUUUUAAAUAUGUUAUAAUUACACACUAACACAAGCUCUUUUAGAGGACACAACGGUACUUGGUACUAAUCUUCUACCAAACUAUUUGCAAGAAAGACAAUUAGUUAUUUUUUAUCUUUAAGGGAUUUAUUCAAGAUGGAAAUGAACAGUAACGUUUUUUAACAAGAUAAUUAAAUCCCGGCAUUUGAUCCUGACGUACAUACAUUACAUACUUAAACUGACUUGUUUAAUUUAGUAAAACCUGGGUUAACAAUGAA